CGGCGCUUCCCGGGCGCAAUGGGGCCGGUCCUGGGGCAGGUGGUUGCGAGGCCCCCGCGCGGUCCCUCCAGAGGCGGUCCCCAGGGCAGAGGAUCUGCCGGGAGCAGAGCCUAUGAGCAGGCCGGUGGCGGGGCCCGACUGCUGCGGAGGCCUGGGCAACAUCGACUUCAGGCAGGCAGACCUCUGCGUGAUGACCCGAUUGCUGGGCUACGUGGACCCCUGGGAGCCCUGCUUUGUGGCCGCCGUCCUUGCCAUCGUCUUCAACCCGCUCUUCUGGAAUGUGGUGGCCAGAUGGGAACAGAGGACGCGGAAGCUGAGCGGAGCCCUGGGCUCCCCCCACGUGGCUUGCUAUGCGCUGGGCGGGGUCAUCCUGCUCCUGAACGCCCUGCGCUCGCACUGGUUCACUCAGGCCAUGCGGAACCAGCCCCGGAUGGACAGCCUGGACACGCCCACGGCCUACCAGGCCGGCCUCGUGCUGCUGGGCGCGGGCAGCCUGCUGGUGCUCUCCAGCUUCGCCGCCCUGGGCUUCACCGGGACCUUCCUGGGUGACUACUUCGGGAUCCUCAAGGAGGCCAGAGUGACCAAGUUCCCGUUCAACGUCCUGGACAACCCCAUGUACUGGGGCAGCACGGCCAACUACCUGGGCUGGGCCGUCAUGCACGCCAGCCCCGCCGGCCUGCUGCUGACGGGCGUGGUGGCCCUCGUCUACAAGGCUGCCACCCUGUACGAGGAGCCCUUCACCGCUGAGAUCUACCGGCAGAAAGCCGCCCAGGCCCGCAAGCACCGCUGACGGCUGACGGCGCCUCCCGCCCACCGCCUCCGGCCUGCGUCACGGCGGCGGGCCUGCCCGCUGCUCCCGCGCUGCUGGCGGGGCCUCCGGUGCCUUGGAAACCGCUGCGUGGGCCCUCGGACUGCUGCUGUGCGGCCACUGGGCCGCCCGACGGCCGCCAUGUUUAACGCCCCAAUAAAGGCCCUGACCC